CCAAUUAGCCCGUGGCUUUACAAACAGAAGAAUUUGAUUUCAUUUGGAUCAGUUUUACCCAAACCGAGAGAGAGAGCGAGACAGAUGAGAGGGGUGGGAGGGCCAUUGUUAUGCAUCGGCGAUCUGCUCAGCGACGUCGGAGAAAGUGACGCCGGCGGUGAUCAGCUUCCACCGCGCCCCAUCAAAACACCUUCACCGGACUACAAUUCCAGCCUCCAUCCUUCCGAUCUAAACAACCUCUUCCAGGAAAACUAUGAGCAGCUGAACAAAGCACUUGCUGGUACAGAUCAUUCAUGGACGCAUCUCACACUAGAGCUAUGCACUGCUCUGGAGACUGCAAACAAGUUGGUUCACUCGACCAAUUCUAAUGUUGGCAUGUUGAAGGAUAAGGUUGAGGAGCUUUCAAAAGUCAUUAGUAGAAGAGACUCAGCUAUAGAAGCCGCAAAGGCCAUUGAAGGCUCUCCGAAACAACCUGAGAGCACUCAGUGAAUAUGUCUGAUCAUGAUGAUCAAUUUCCAAGUUGAAGGUCAGCAGUCUUGUUUUGAUCACUUCUAGCUUUUGCAAGGACAUGCUUAGAUUGUUCUUGCCGUAAUUAUGCAUGAAAUAGAGAUAUUUGUACUGGCAAAACUUAAGCUGCAUUUGCUGCGCCUGCUUCCUGGCCGUCCCUCUAGUUAAAAUUUCUUUUGUCAUUUAUCCAGUGGCGUCUGACUAGUUACUGCAUUUCACUCUGUAAUCCUUUUAUUGUAACCUUUUUUCUCAUUAUAUGUAGUGGCAGUCUUUACUUUCUUGCCCUAUCAAUGGACAAAGCUCUUUCCUGUCUUGUAAAGCGAAUUACAGUAGUUAACAAAGCAUGUAAGAAGUGCUGGCCUUUGGUUUGAAGUACUGUAACAAAAUCUUCCCUGAUAUAUUUAUUGGCAAUGAAAUAUUUUUUUGA